CUUGCCUUUAACUUGGAUCAUGACUGGCUCCAAGACUAUGGCAGUGGCAGAGGAGGGACUAGGGCUGGCUUGAAAUCUAGAAUCAGUGGCCCUGCCAACACUAGAGCCAAGGCUAAGAUCCAGGACAAGGCAGUGGCUGAGGCAGAACCGAAAACACAACCAGUGACCCAGGCCAAGGCUAGAAAUGGAGCAGUGGCCAGGACACAAACAGUGACCUACACUGAGGCUGUGGCUAUGACAAAGGAAGUGAGCAAGAUGGAAGCUAUGACUAAGACUAGAGUGAUGGCUGAGGCUAAGGCAAAACCCCUGGCAGAACCUGAUAUAGUUCCCCAAACCAAGUCAAAGUUCACGCCCAUGUCCAGUGCUGUGACCAAGUGUGAAGUUAAGGCUGGUGUUGGAAGUGAAGCCAAUAUCAGGUCCUUUGCCAAAGCUGGUGAUAAGGCCAAUAAUGAGUCCAGGCCCCAGAGAAGGAGAGAGGCCAGCCUCAAGUUCAGGGCUGGGGACGGAGCUGAUGUUGUAAUCAAGUCCGGUGAUGAGGAUGAAGAAAACGUCUGCUCCUGGUUCUGGAGUGGAGAAGAGCCUAGUGUAGGAUCCUGGUUCUGGCCUGAGGAAGAGACCCCUUCUCAAGUUUAUAAGCCUCUACCUAAGAUCCAGGAAAAGCCCAAGCCCACACCCAAACCCGAACUUACUAUAAAGCAAAAAGCUGCAGCGUGGUCAAGAGCCAGGUAUAGUGUCCUGGUCCCAAUAGAGGGAGGGGAGCGAUCCUUACCUCCAGAAGGAAAUUGGACUCUGGUUGAGACUUUGAUUGAAACUCCUCUGGGGAUUCGGCCUCUGACUAAGAUCCCACCCUAUAAUGGGCCUUACUUCCAGACCUUAGCUGAGAUAAAAAAACAGGUUAGGUAUAGGGAAAAAUAUGGGCCCAAUCCAAGAGCCUGCCGCUGUAAAUCACGUGACUUUAGUUUAGAGCCUAAAGAGUUUGAUAAACUCGUUGCCCUACUUAAGUUAACUAAGGAUCCUUUCAUUCAUGAAAUAGCUACGAUGAUAAUGGGCAUCAGUCCUGCUUAUCCAUUUACCCAAGAUAUAAUUCAUGAUGUAGGUAUUACUGUUAUGAUUGAAAAUUUUGUCAAUAAUCCAAAUGUUAAAGAACGCCCUAGAGCUUUAAAUAUGGUGGAUGACAGCUCUGAGUCUUCUGAAGAACCAAACACAGAAAAGUCAUACAUACGUCAAGUUUGUAAGGACAUAAUCUCUUAUCCAUUGAACUCCCCUGUGCAACUGGCUGGACUAAAAUUAUUAGUGUACCUGAGUGUGAAAUUUGAGGACCACCAUUUGAUUGCCAAUUACAUUCCAGAUUUCCUCAUCUUGUUAAACAAGGGGAGUGUCAAAACCAAGUUUUAUGUUUUAAAAGUGUUUUUGCGCUUGUCUAAAAAUCAAGCCAAUACAAGAGAACUGAUCAGUGCCAAAGUACUGUCAUCGUUGGUUGCACCAUUUAACAAGAAUGAGUCAAAGGCCAAUAUUCUUAACAUCAUUGAAAUAUUUGAGAAUAUAAAUUUCCAGUUCAAAAAGAAGGUGAAGCUAUUUACCAAGGAAGAGUUCACUAAAUCUGAGCUUAUUUCCAUAUUCCAGGAAGCAAAAGAGUUUGGUCGGAAACUCCAAGACUUAGCAGAGCACAGUGAUCCUGAGGUGAGAGAUAAAGUUAUACGAUUAAUACUCAAACUCUGAAUAGCUGUAUGUUCUCACAAAGGCUGGAACAAUUUUUUGGUGUUGUAAUAUGAAACCAAUGCAUAUUGUAACUGUAAGUUCAAUAUUCAUGUUAUCUGUGUUGAUUGAAGGAGUCACUUUUAUGGAUACCAAAUGAUCUUGAGAGCUUAAAUAUUUGUUGAUAUUUAUUGUGCUAUAUAAAUUGGGGUAUUUUUAGUAUUUCUGCAACAUGACCUGAUAAUGAACAUAUUCGUCCUGAGAAAGCUAUAUUUGUCCUUUUUAUUGACAUGUGUAUUCAUUUGAGACUUCAUUUAAAUGUUAAUAAAGUUGCAUGCUAAAAUUGUUGAAAA